GGAACUCCAACAGCAAAAACGACCGGAGGAACCGCAAGUUCAAGGAGGCUGAGCGGCUCUUCAGCAAGUCCUCGGUCACCUCGGCAGCGGCUGUCAGCGCAUUAGCUGGAGUUCAGGACCAGCUCAUUGAGAAGCGGGAGCCGGGCAGCGGCACCGAGAGUGACACUUCUCCAGACUUUCACAACCAGGAGAAUGAGCCCAGCCAGGAGGAUGCUGAGGAGCUGGAUGGGUCUGUGCAGGGGGUGAAGCCCCAGAAAGCUGCUUCCUCGACCUCCUCUGGGAGCCACCACAGCAGCCACAAAAAACGGAAGAACAAAAAUCGACACAGCCCGUCUGGCAUGUUUGAUUAUGACUUUGAGAUUGAUCUCAAGUUAAACAAAAAGCCAAGAGCC